AUGGCUCGCGGAGGCGAUCGCGAAGUUGCCAAGAAAGAAUUUGGCUUAGGUAUUCCAGAUUUCAGAGCCGAACCUCUUACAAUGGUUGCUGUAGCAGUUUUCAGAUGGGGAACAGAGACUUCUGCAAUGGGUCAGGCACUCGAAGAUAUUCUCUUUCGACCCAACGGGAUGCCUACCACACGUUACGUUACCCCUGGAUUUUCACAUCACCCCAUUCACGGAUAUCGAUCUGGACAAACCCUUUGGGAAGUGGGGGCUCAGAUGAUCGAAUGUAAGGUUAUUCAAAACGUGUCGAUUGAGCAUAGAGCCCUCGUGAGCAAGCUCUACCCGCAAGUGGAAGCUGCGCUCGGUGCGUGGGAAUUGCACGGAAGUGAUCAUGUGGUUACCGACUUGCGCGAGCUAGUUGAUUUGCGCACCAGCACCUUGCGUAGACUUUGCGCACAUACGUAUGGUUCGUUCUGCGUAUAG